AUGACCCCGACCAAUCAAUGUAGAUGUGCGCCGCGUAUUGGCCAUCCAAAGUUCCGCGAGCGUAACACUUACCCCGCCUCCGACAUCACUCCGGGCGCCUGUUAUGUCGAAGCUGAUCAGGCAUGCGUGCUGUGUCUGAGACAGACCAAUCAAUGGCGUGCUACAAUGGAUCCUCUUUCGGCCCUUGCGAUCGCGGCAGCUGUGAUACAAUUUGUGGACUUCGGUGGACGCCUACUACACAAGAAGUGGGUUAGGAAAUUAAGCCCUAAGGAUGAUGAAUCGAAACAAGCAGCCUACCAUGCCCCAAGAGAAGAAGCCGAAUUGGUACAAAACACCAAGGAACUAUUGCAGUUGGUUGACGAUGUUAGGAAGUGCUCGAAACAGUUUGGUCCAUCUCAAAGAUCAAGCUUGGCUGAGAAGCAAAUUCUCAAAGUAUGUGAGGAUUGCGAAGCAGUCAGCUCAAAGUUCCAGAACUUGAUUGAUGACAUCCGAAAGAGCCGACCUCAAAGACUGACUGUGGAUGGUACUCCGAGGAAUCAGGUUGGCCGGGAGCUCUUAGAUGGCAUUUUGAAGAAGCCAGCGAAGGUGGGAACUUCCCAAUAUCCAUCUAUUGAUUAUGAUGGAUUAGCGUUGCUUGGAGGGAUCUGGACUCAUGACCAGAUCGAUGGAGCGAAUCGUCAAUUGGCGACAAUCAAGCACCAGAUGGUUACAAGCAUGAUAUUCUCCCUCUGGGAAGAUUCUAAAGAAGCAAAGAAGCGGGAGUUACAUUUAUGCCAACAGCUCGAGGACUUGACGGCCAUACUCGGAAAAGUUAAGAUCUCAACCAUGAUGAGCAAGCAUAAUUUGGAGAUGUUUGACCUAAGCGAUCAAUCAAGUCCAAUCUCGGGAAUGGUGGAAGACCUAAGUCGAAGUCUUAGUGAGGAUCAGAAUAUACGCACCAUAUCUCCCGCUCGGAAGACUAAGGAAUGCAUUGCCGACGCAUUAAUACCGAUAAUAAAGGCUGCACGUACACCAGGGUUUACUAGGGUCGACGAAGAUAUCUUCAGUGAACUUGACGGUGACUCUCCAGGGCUUUUAAAAGGGAUACGUCAGACUUUGGUUGACACCAUUUGGAAUCGGAAGUGGAUCAUAGAUUCUGACACCAUUAUCCCUGAUGGUCGACCAAUGGCACACCAAGUGAAUCUGACAAAGCUCGCUGAAGCUCUUAUAACGGAUUUGAGCUAUGAGGCAAUGGGAAGAAGGGAAGAAGCGAUUCCAAAGAAUUUCCGAUCUACAUACCAGUGGAUCUUCCACACAACCCCUCCCGACGGAGAAGGGAAGCUCCAGUGGCACAACUUUCCUCAAUGGCUCGAGGCCGACUCAAACACAGUCUACUGGAUAACGGGGAAGCCGGGAUCUGGCAAGUCAACAAUGAUGAAGUAUAUCAUCGAGCAUCCUAGCACUGCAUUUCACCUCGAGAAAUGGUCUGCGCCACUUCCACCCUAUAUAAUGAAAUACUACGCCUGGAUUGGCGGGAACGACAUGCAAAAAAGCUGGAUAGGUCUAAAGCGCAGUCUGUUAUGUCAAGCCUUCAGUAUUGAUAACAAGUUGAUUCCGUUUGUAUCCCCGAGGCGUUUUAUGUUUGCAAAGAUAUUUCGGAACCCUCAACAGCUUCCUGCGUGGUCAUCGUGGGAGAUCGAGGAGUCAUUCGGUCGGCUUUUGUCCCAGUGCGGACAAUCUUUCAAGCUUGCACUAUUCGUCGAUGGUCUUGACGAAUUCGACAUGCUCCCGAACCAAGUGCUGGAUCUGAUUCGAGAAGUGACGAAAGUCUCACAAGAUUGCAUCAAGGUAUGCGUGGCAAGUCGACCUUGGACGGAGUUUGACGACGAAUUCUACGGCAAUCCGUUGCUUGAGAUGCAUCUCCUGACUUUUGAUGAUUUGAGGUCAUUUGUCAAAACGCAGCUGGACGAAAACAGGGGGUUCGAUGAGAUGCGCCGCAUCUAUUCUGAGGAAGCGGACCUUCUUGUGGACGACGUCGUCACGAAGGCGCGAGGCGUGUUUCUCUGGGUUUCGCUAGUUAUGGAAACAUUGCUAGAGUGCCUCACAGCUGGGGACAGCAUGACAGAUUUGAAAGACUGCAUCCGAGCCCUUCCUCUGGAUAUUUCUAGCCUUUACGACUCUAUCUGGGCUCGCAUCCUUCCCCAAAACAAAGCCAAAGCCUCUUGGAUGAUACAGCUGAGUGUGGCUUCCUAUGGACCACUCUCCUCUUUUAGUAUGUGGCUUGCAGAAGAGAUUACUUCGAGGAAAGUCCGGAUUGAUGACCUUGUGGGUAUCAAAAGCCUCUCCGUGAAAACGGUGAAAAGGCGCCUUGCUUCAAGAACCAGGGGCCUACUCGAGAUUCCUGAGGGUGGAACUUUUGUGGACUUCCCACAUCGUACGGCACGAGAUUGGGCCUUGCAGGCGCACGUUUGGGAAGACAUAUGUUCGUCAUAUGGGGAGAAUGCCUACGACCCCUAUAUGACUUUAUUCGAGAUCCACGUCCUGACAAUUGCCGAUCGCAAAGAGAUACUGGAUUACUCCCACGGCAGCUUCUGGAUAGCGAUUGCAAAAGUUUUAUCGUAUGCGUACAAAGCCCAGGCCACUGCAGCGAACACCCCACGCUUGAUAGAGCUAAUGGAUACCCUCAACGUCAAAUCCAGCACAGCUUACCUUUCAGCGCAAGUCGCAUGGCCCGAGCGUGACAGAACUGACAGCUACCAUCAACAUUGGUAUGAAAAGCAACGUAUUUGCUCCAGUAAAGACUCCCCCAAAAACACUUUUGUGGGAUUGACGGCCCAGUUUUCCAUCUUUCCCUAUGUCCAAGAGCAUAUUCGAAGGCAGGUCACUGAUGGACGAGUGUCACUGGGUCUCACAGCCACAAAACGCACAAUCGGGAUCCUUGAAAAUGCAGUCUUCGGCCAUAAGUACUUCAUGGAUGAGGGCUUCGAUCCUCCUUUCGAACUUCCGCCUAUCGCAACCCAAGAAAGACAUCAGAUGGUACAGUUCUUGGUGUCCCAAGGGGCGACCCAAGCCAAGACUCACUCCCAGGCCGGGUUCAUCGACCUCGUGGAGGAAUUGAGGAGACUUGGAAAGCUGAAUGCCGAGGACCGCGACUAUUAUGACAAAGUGGAACAAAGUCUGAAAAGCCGGCCCAAGAAAGGUGUCAAGAGGAGAUUGAUAUUAUCGAUCCUACGUCUCACUCGCUAG